AAUUACGUAGAUUUUGCACAAGCUAAUUUUGCUAUUCGAUUACUCCAAGAAACAGCAGAAUAUGGCAAAUCCACGGUUAUAUCUCCAGUAUCGAUAUCAACAUCACUUUUUAUGAUUUAUUACGGUUCAGGUGGCGCAACAAGACAAGAAUUGAACAAUGCGUUGGCAAACGGGGCUAAUGCAAGACACGUGCAGUUUUACGUCGCCAAGUUACUGACAGACAUUGCUAGCUCUAAAUACAAAAAUUACAAAUUGGAUAUAGCUAAUCGUAUUUAUGUACGACCAAAUUUACCAGUAAAAUUGACUUUCCAUCGUUUUAUUCGAUUGUUUUAUCAAGAAGUGUUGCACGAAAUAAACUAUUAUCAACGUUUUCAGAUUGCUCAAGUUGAAAUGAUGUCCAUUACGGCUAAGUUUCCACUAUUCUAUGAUAAAAACUUGAUGCUUCUCAGACUACCAUAUAUAGGGAAUGAAGUUGAAAUGAUAGCUAUUUUGCCAAGAAAUCGUUUUAAUCUGCCAAAUGUUCUGAGAAAUUUGACAGGCCAAAGUCUUCUCUAUUAUAUUUAUAACGCAAGGGAACAUGAAGUGGAACUGCAUUUACCGAAAUUCAAACUGAAUGGAGAUUAUAACUUGAAAGAUAUUUUGGAAAAAUUGAAUAUUACAAAAAUUUUCCAUGCUGAUGCUAACUUUUCUGAACUUACCUUCCGGCAAAUAUUUGUUAAUAAUAUUGUUCACAAAAGUUUCAUUGAGGUAAAUGAAGAAGGAACAGAAGCAGCUGCUUCUACACGUGUAGAAUUAGAAGAUAAAAUAUUACCAAAUAUUGCAUAUUUUCAUGCUAAUCAGCCAUUUUUGUUUGCAAUCGUUAAGGAUUCAAAAACUAUUCUUUUUGCUGGACAGUUUUCUUGA